GUAUAAAGUAUAAUGUUUUUGAUAUGCCAUGUCUAUGAUAUUUUGGACCAAAUUCGGAAUUCAUUACACAGUUGUUUCUCUUCAUGCUGUCCAUCUACUCUACAUCAUAACUCGUUUAGUGCGAAUAUGGAUAUUUCGAAUUUACGGAUAUAACUAAGUUAUCUUGGAUCCCCAAUUAUAUAAAUCUGCUUUAAGAAAUAUGUUCCCAUGUUUGCUAUCUUUAUUUUUAGUGCAUUAGUUGGAGUUGGUACCUUGCAAAUGACAUGCAGUUUUUUGUACUUUCACCAUUUAUAAUAUACCCUUUGUACAGGAAACCUUUGAUAGGAUACAUUAUAAUAUUGGCUCUUAUGGUGAUGCAGUUGGUUUUCAGGGGGAUAAUGUCAGUACAGCUGGGUUAUAACUUGGGCCAUUCACCCAACCCGGUAGAAUCAUUUGAUAAGGUAUACCAGAAGCCCUAUGCCAGAAUAGCCCCAUACCUUAUUGGAGUUCUAACAGGAUACUUCAUGUGGAAAUCUGAGAGACAAGCCAAGCUGCCAAAAGUGAUUGUGGUGUUGGGAUGGAUUAUUGCCCUGAUUUGUUUGUCUUCAUUGGUGUUUGGGAGCACUGAACUGUACAGGGGCCAUAAAUUCUCUACAGCAGUUUCUGCCCUUUACAACUCUUUGUCAACUACAACUUGGGGCUUGGGUGUAGCAUGGAUUAUUUUUGCCUGCAGUAUAGGAUAUGGAGGUUUUAUCAAUACGUUCCUGUCUGCCCGUCUGUGGUCUCCCCUCAGUCGCCUGACCUACUGUGCCUACUUGGUUCAUCCCGUCAUCAUACAUGUCUACAUUAUGAGCCAAAGAGACACUUUUUACUACACUGACAUCAACAUGGUCUUCCUCUUUUUGGGAUUUUGGAUGGCAACGUACGGAGUGGCUUUCUUUGUUUCCAUGGCGUUUGAAGCACCAAUGAUAGGACUAGAAAGACUUCUUCUGAGAAAAAACUAAGAUAAACUCUGUUAUGAUCUGUUAUCUUUUGAUAAUUUUUUUAAUAUUCAAAAUUUAUAAUUUUAAAAUCAUUUUUACAGAUAUACAAGUGAUUUUGUAUAUAAUAAUUAUAUCAAUCCAGGGUUUUUUACGAACUGAACUGAUUACAUGUACAAAAGCUUUAUAAAACUACUAUAUGGGGAAAUAUUUAUCUUUCAAUUUGUCAAGUCUGCAUGACCAGCUUUGUAGAUCUGAUAAAUAUGGUAUAUGUUAGCUAUAUUACAUGUACAUAUAUCAUGUUUAUUACCUUUAUUUAUUUAUUUUUUAGUGUUUUACUUUAACCCCUGAUGAAGUGAUUAACUAAUGUAUCAACAACAUGACCAUUGUUAAGAGAUCUGCUUAAUAUACUGAAAGAAUUUUUUGUUAAAUAUUAUAUUCAUAAACUUCCCUAUCAGUAGUAAACAUACUUUACAUCAAAAAUAAAAAUAUUUAUAUGUAAUUUAAAAAAAAAAAAAGAUGUGAAUGUAUUUAGCUAUCUGAAAUCUGAAACAUUGUAAUAAACAUUGUUUAUGUAUAAAUAUUUAAUUUUGAAAAUUUGUAGACGCAUCACAAAGAUAAAGUUAUAAUUAUACAAGUAGAACCGUAUUUGGUUUUCUACUGUUUGUGUUAUAAUCAGCACACAGGAGUUUAUCAAGUGUCUGUGAAUCUAUUUAAGAUUUUGUUUUUUUUUUGGUUGAAAAUUCUUUCCCUGAUUUGAAUAAGACAUUCAAUAGAUUUAGAUUACAGAGUGAUAUAAAGUAUUAUGAUCAUUGAAAGAUGAGGCACUUAUAUUUUGAAUAGAAUAAGCUGGCUGAGAUUAAUUCAGAAUCACUGCAUUUCAUUUCCGGAAAUCUACAUAGAAUUUCCGACAUUUCUUUAUGUCAUUUACGACAAUUUUUCUUUUCAUUUCCGAUAGUUAUUUCUUUUCAUAUCCGGAAUUUUUGCAAUGUGCAUCUUCGAUAAUUUAAUGUUCAUUAAGCCUACUAAACAGAAAAAAGAAUUUUAAAAGAAU